AUGGCAUUCAAGGGAGCGGAAUGUUCAAUCUGUCUUGAAGGUUACAAUGACAAAGACAAAUUUCCUCGGAUGCUAAGUUGUGGACAUAGCUUUUGCUCAAGCUGUCUGGAGAUAUUACUUUAUGGUAACACCAUCCGUUGCCCCAAAUGCAGAAGUUUAAUUGUAGUUUCCACUGGAGUGGCAGGAUUAUUAAAGAAUUUUGAUUUAUUAAAAAUCGUGGACAACCAACCCAAAUUAAAACAAGCAGCUAAAAAUACAGGCAGGCAGGUUUGUGAACCUUGCGGUAAGAAACACCCUGCGACUUUCUGCUGCCUGGAUUGCAAAGAAAACAUGUGUGAUACUGCGGCUCAGAUUCAUAAAAGCAGCAAAUUGAGUCGUGACCACCGCGUUGUUACCUUCAAGGAACUGAAAGCAAACCCUCAGCUGGCUUUUGCGUCUGUUCUCUGCCCGGAACAUAACGAUCAAUUCCGCUUUUUCGACGAAGAUUGUGGUUUUGUUAUCUGUAGAGACUGUCACACCCUUAAUCACAACGGGCAUAAGUGUGUAGCACUAGCUGAAGCUGCUUCAAAGUACCGAAAAGAGAUGGAAGCACUUGUCACCAAAGCCAGCUCUCAAGCCGAAAAGAUAAAAGCUGCUGAAGCUCAAGUUAGGAGAGCAAGUGUUUCUAUGAAGGAGGCCUGCGAAGAACAGCGUGCUGAACUUCAAGGGUUUUUUGGAGAAGUAAGGCAUGUCUUUGUUUUAGGGUCGAAUUAUUUCCUUAUUAGAAGAACCCUAACACGUAUUAGUCAGUAUUUUGGUUUUUGAUUAAUGGCUUAUGCUAGCAGUUACUGCGAUAAGACUGAAAUAAAAAAGCACUCAAUGUGACAUGCAGAAACUAAUGAUUCGGGCCACUGAACUCUCGGACCGUGAUUGAUUUGGAAUAAUACUAACUACUCAACUGUUGCUUAUAUUGAAAUAAAAGUUAACAAUCCAAACUUUCGCCGAUAAACGGUAUCAUUGAGGGAUAAUACUGAAAAAUGUUUGCACGGAAUAUUGCUAUUAGUUUUAAAAUACAGCUUGCCGAAGGACAAUAUGCAAAGAUUAACUUUGGAAUAGUCUGGGCAUAUAAUCAUAGCGUUUAUGUGUUUUCUUAUAGCUUCAUGCAGCGCUAAGUAGCCGAGAGCAAGCUCUGAUGGAUAAGCUGGUAAGGCUACUUCAACACAAGGAAUCCAUCCUCGCGGGUCAGCAAGAUCGUCUGCGAUUAAACCAAGCAUGUUUAGAGAGUGCAGUUCAACAAGCAAAAUCCUCCAUCCAAUCUGCUAGUGAUGUUCAGUUCCUUCUAAGCAGGCCGGCUAUAGUGUCUACACUCAAGAACAAAGAAAGCUACUCUUUGGUGCUUGAGCCAGAGGCCCAGUUUUUACCGGAGUUCUCAAAGGAACAGGAAAGCAUGGUGAGAUUUCAAUAACUGUGACUUAAGUUCUAGCAACAAUUGAAGACUGUGUCAAAUACCUUGUCAAUCUUUCGUAUAAGAAUUUGAUGGCCUUUUGUUAUGAUAAGUUUAAUGCAGAUUUUUUCUAUUUUUACACUGUACUUUGCUCAAUCAUUUGUCCAUUUAUGAUAAUUUUUAUUGAUAACUGUUCAUGUCGCAUGUCUUUUGUAAUUUUUUAAUAAUACUUUUUAAAAUUACUUUUUAGACAAUUUUAUUAUACUUAAUUUAUUCUCUAGAUCUAUUUAUGAUGCAAUAAUAGGUGGCUUAUUUUUAACGAGUCUUGUAUUCUGUCUUAAGCCUACCUCAGAUUGAUCGAUUGAUUGGUUUAAUUAUCAUUGUAAUUGUAAAUCUGAAACUUGAUUAAAUUUAAAUUUUAAAAAUUGUGGCUGUCGUUUAUGAAAAUUAAGAGAGCAACUAAGGAACGGAAUUUAUAACAAGUAAAAUUGAAUAUUAAAAGUCAGUGAUGAAAUCAUUCGUUAUUGAAAACCAAGAUUACAUUUUUAUGUAACUGUUGAUUAAGUAACUGCAAUGAUCUCUUUUAGUUCUCUUUUUGCAAGCCACGUUUUCACUCCUUGUCCACCAUGGCGGCCAUAUUUGAUCCAUUUGACAAAUUAAAGAAAACCAUCGAGAGGGCAGGCGACAUCAGUGACAAAUCAACCUGCGCAGCAAACACUACUGCAAUCGGCGAGGGGACAAAAGAGGCAUUCGUUGGAAGGAAGGCGACAUUCACUAUUUUUUCUCGCGACAGCCAAGACCGACAACGCAAUCAAGGUGGCGACGUUUACGCUGUGAAACUAGCAGAGAGAGGAUUCGAAAUCAGAAAUGUGCAUGUAAAAGACCAAAAGGAUGGAACCUACUCGGUAGAAUAUUAUGUCGGCAACUUGCUUGGUAAAUUGACAUUGUCCGUGUGCUUGCGAGGUGAACACAUCAAAAGCAGCCCUUUUUCUGUACUAGUUAAACGUUAGUUUUUGAGUUUUAGUUGUAUAAGCGGAGACAAAUGCUGAUUUUUCCCAGGAAACUGGACUCGUUUAAAGCUGCAGAGGGAAAUACCAACGAAAGUAGUGAUUGUGGUCUACAAUAUUGGCAUAUAUUUUUUUUAUAAAAUAACUGAGAUAGUACGCGUGAUCUGAUUGGUCAAAAACCUAUGGUUUAUUAUACCGGUAAACCCAUAGAAAAAGGCAUCCGGACCACGAGCCNGAGAGAAAUGAAAAAACAAAGAAAACCUGGCGAACUCACAAAAAUUAUAGCUUUCGUGUUACCAUAGCUUCGGCAACUCUCAAAGAUGUAUCUCUGCAGUUAAAUGGGAUGCUUAUGAUGUGGAAAAUAUCAGUAGCAGGCAAUGCAAGACGAUGCCAUCCGGACCGCCAGAAUUCAUCCCGCUUUCUGAUCCCCGUUUGCCAAUUUUCCAGCCCGCUUACCGAGAUCCUAGUUGAAAAAACAGAGCCAGCCCGCUGUCUCAUAUGAACAUAUCGAAAAUUUUACAAUGGAUGUAGAGGUAAGGCGAGAUCUCGGAAACCAGGCUCAUGUAAAGAAGCCCUAAAAGUGCAGAUGGUGGUUUUUUUUUUUUGCUUUAGAGAUGUAAAACAUAUCGUAGUUUUUACAGUAACUAAGCCUUAGUUUUGAAACUUCUACAGAGAUCCACAACAAAAGCAAUUAGUAAGUUCGUGCAAGAGAGAAUGAGCUUGGUUCGUGACAAUGAUUAAUCACGUAAUUGUUGGCAUGUAUAACCAUGUGCUCACUAAACAAAUCAAUAAAAUGAUCCGUUGCAUCGAAUCAGGCCGGGCCACAUGUCUAGCCCAGAUCGUUUUGUCUAGAUCUAUAACUCAGGCAGAAAGUACUGGAAGUUCGAAAAAUUUCUAUUAAUGGUUAAUAUGUUUCUGUUAAUAAAAUCUACCCAGAGGAGCAAACAGGUGCCUGUGUGUGCCAUGUAUAUAGUACACAGUCUUAUAUAUGGCAGAUAUGCUGAAUAACAUGUUUGCCUAAAGAAUCUCAAUCAAAACUAACCCUAAAGAGUUAAAUCUGAGAGAAUUUUAGACUUUACAGUUCAAUUUCCCGUCUCAACCACCGGCACCCAGCCGAGAACUACCCUCCAACCUCAUCUCAAUCUGUACAAUUAUCCUAGGUUGUGAAGAACUUGGAUACAAACGCACACGAGAUGGUCUCUCUUAAUGAAUUUCUUUCUCGGUAACAAAAACGAAAACCGAAGGUUUUAGACUAUUAGGUGUAUUUAAGCAAUAGACCACACUUUCUAUGGGUUUACCGGCGUGAUAACCCACGCGGGAUGUUGGGAGAACACGAGAAAAGCUUGUAAAUCACGAGCCGAAGGCGAGUGAUUUACAAGCUUUUCUCGUGUUCUCCCAACAUCCCGCGUGGGUUAUCACGCCGGUAAACCCAUAGAAAGUGUGGUCUAUUGCUUAAAUACACCUAAUAGUCUAAAACCUUCGGUUUUCGUUUUUGUUACCGAGAAAGAAAUUCAUUAAGAGAGACCAUCUCGUGUGCGUUUGUAUCCAAGUUCUUCACAACCUAGGAUAAUUGUACAGAUUGAGAUGAGGUUGGAGGGUAGUUCUCGGCUGGGUGCCGGUGGUUGAGACGGGAAAUUGAACUGUAAAGUCUAAAAUUCUCUCAGAUUUAACUCUUUAGGGUUAGUUUUGAUUGAGAUUCUUUAGGCAAACAUGUUAUUCAGCAUAUCUGCCAUAUAUAAGACUGUGUACUAUAUACAUGGCACACACAGGCACCUGUUUGCUCCUCUGGGUAGAUUUUAUUAACAGAAACAUAUUAACCAUUAAUAGAAAUUUUUCGAACUUCCAGUACUUUCUGCCUGAGUUAUAGAUCUAGACAAAACGAUCUGGGCUAGACAUGUGGCCCGGCCUGAUUCGAUGCAACGGAUCAUUUUAUUGAUUUGUUUAGUGAGCACAUGGUUAUACAUGCCAACAAUUACGUGAUUAAUCAUUGUCACGAACCAAGCUCAUUCUCUCUUGCACGAACUUACUAAUUGCUUUUGUUGUGGAUCUCUGUAGAAGUUUCAAAACUAAGGCUUAGUUACUGUAAAAACUACGAUAUGUUUUACAUCUCUAAAGCAAAAAAAAAAAACCACCAUCUGCACUUUUAGGGCUUCUUUACAUGAGCCUGGUUUCCGAGAUCUCGCCUUACCUCUACAUCCAUUGUAAAAUUUUCGAUAUGUUCAUAUGAGACAGCGGGCUGGCUCUGUUUUUUCAACUAGGAUCUCGGUAAGCGGGCUGGAAAAUUGGCAAACGGGGAUCAGAAAGCGGGAUGAAUUCUGGCGGUCCGGAUGGCAUCGUCUUGCAUUGCCUGCUACUGAUAUUUUCCACAUCAUAAGCAUCCCAUUUAACUGCAGAGAUACAUCUUUGAGAGUUGCCGAAGCUAUGGUAACACGAAAGCUAUAAUUUUUGUGAGUUCGCCAGGUUUUCUUUGUUUUUUCAUUUCUCUCAUAAACCCAAGGCGAAAUUAUUAUCGGUAAGCGGGCUCAUAUGAAGAGGCCGUUAUACUCUAGCAGGUUGCACUGCAAUGUACAACUAUGUACAGUGGAACCUCGUUCUACAGACAUCCAUUUAUUACCGACAGUUUCGGCUUUCCCGAUGAAAAGGUCAUAUUUUCCCUGAAAUCAACUCUCUUAAAAUCUUAAAAGGUAAUGUAAGUUUGGGACUAUGAUAAAUGAUCAUGAGGUUUUAUUGGAUGAACUUGUUACAGUUACAGUUAAGAAAUUAACGUUUUCUCGUAAAAAUGUGCUUAAGCUUUCGUAUUGAUAAAACCUGCAACCUUGACGUUUUUUUGUGAGAGCCUGCUUUAAUAGACAAGUACGGACACUAUGGCAGACUCCUUGGUGUCCGUAUUAACCUGGUUCCAUUACCAGUCAUAAAACUAUUACAUGUGUGAAGACCAUAAAAUUGUUAGAGAUACCGUGAAUUUUUCGCGGGCUAGAGUUUGAGAUUUUGUAACGUAUAGUAAGGCUGAGAAUUUGUAUUUGAAAUGAAUGCAAAGCAGGUCUAUUUGACGGACGAAGUAGCUCUCAAUAAAGGUUGGCACACCUUGUAGUUUUUCAACGCUUGCUCUUUUUCGACAAUUCAGUGCACUAGGGGCCUCCUAAACUAACAGUCAUAGGAUGUAUUAAAAACAUUUUGUCACUCUUUGUCACUUUGUACUUUGAAUGGACCACCUCUCCCGGCUUUACAUUAGUUUAAAAAAUCUGUGAAGAAGCCAGGCCUUGAGGAAGAAAGAUUUUUUUCUGCACAAAGAAAUUACAACUUCAUAAUAAGAAGAAUUCCACAGGGGUGCCUAGCUGGGUUUGGAUGAAUUUGAUUUCCAGAGAGCAAAAUUUGAUAAAGCAGUUUUUACAAGCAUUAGUGACAAGGCAGCGAUCCCCUAACAGCAAAAGAAAAAAAGCCCCUCGAGUGCAACUAUAAAGCCUUUGUAAACAGCUGAAUAAAGGCUAUCGUUUAGAAUGUAUUUUAUUCGACAAUCCAUCUCCUUCGCGUCAGACUUACCAUAGACAUGAUAGGGUCGACGCUUGCCUUUACCAUGGAAAACCAAUAAUUAGUGUUUGAACUAUAGAAGCCCAAUUUGUACCGGAGUUUCGAUACCCGCUUUGAUCAAAGAAGAUUACAGGGAGUGGUAGGUGCACUGAAGUGGCUAUCUUCACAGACAAGUCUAACUUAGCAAUUCUGCUGGUUCCGCGGGCCUUGAGCGCGAAAAUCUGGGGGAAUGAGGGUCUUUUACUAUCACUAGUGCUCGUGACGCUCAAAGGCUAAAAACUUUUUUGGAGAGAAAACUGACGGUAAUGAUGAGGACGAAGGAGAUAGUCGUUUGUUCUUUUUGCAGGCGCUAAUAAGCGAGUUGAUUACACAUUAAGAAGUGCUCGCAUUCUGAAUGCAGCCCUUUACAGGUUCUUCGUACGGAGGAAUUGGGUUAGCCUUCGCUCUCCAGCCAUUUUUCCCCUUUUCCCACCUGACUUCUAUACUCCACGUGCACAUUAUAAUGCCGCAAGACUUAGAAUUAAAGCGUUGUCGAAUGUAGCUAUAGUAAUAUGACACAGUAUUUGCUAGAACAUUUAAUUUCUAGUGAAAGACAAUUAAAACGGCUUUUAGAAAACCUUUAAAUCCCCAAAUACUAAUUUUUGUCGGACUGAGAAUCUUGCUUUUAUCAGUACUGUACAAGGAAUCUUUUCUCUUUGAUUUGAUUUUUUUUUUAAAUCUAAACUGUUAUCUUUUAUGUGAACUGUUUUUAUAACUCCUAUUCCUGCAAACGACCGCAUCAUCCAACUUUAAUUUAGAGAUUGUAUUAUUUACAUGUUACAACAGGACGGUCACUUUCUAUUUUUGAAGGGACACCGUCAAUAGCCGUAGAGGACUAAGACUUCUUAGACGACUUAGACGUCUAGUAUAAAUACGAAAAAUAAGGCAGACGCAUUAAUCGUCAGACGAAUAAAACGUCUGAAGUUAAGUGCGUCCGAUCGACGCACGGUUGAUCUCUCAAGACCACAAGGGAGUGGAUCCUUGAAGCAAAGCCAAGAGUUUCGUCAACUUGAAUGACUAAAAGUUUGUUUUUAAAUUUCCUCUUUUGUUCCUUAUUUGGAUUUUUUUAAUUAUCAUAUUUUGUUACUUAAGCAACUCAUGAACUUAUUGCCAUUUCCCCCUCCCCGUUCCCCUAUUAACUGUCAAAUUUCAUUAGCAAUUGUGCUUUUUAAAGAGAAUUUGAGUAAACUCCUGCCUUGCCAGGGAAACUGAUUCUUAGGUUCCAGAAACGCUGGAAACAGCGUUUCUGAGUGUUCUAUUUCAAAAAGUUUUCCGAAAAUGUUUGAAAUAGAACACUCAGAAACGCUGUUUCCAGCGUUUCUGGAACUUAAGAAUCAGUUUCCAUGGGGAAGCAUUCCCUAGAUCCCCCUAGGUAGCUCGCACCUUCGGCGCUCUUAACGCGUCUUGCGGCGCCAAAAAAAUUUAGCGUUCGCUGCUUUCGGACGUAUGUUCGCUACUUUAAAAAACUGUCGAAAACCCUAAUAUCGUAGUAUGAACAGGUAUUCAGACCGUUGCGGAAGUGAAUAAGUAGGGGCGAGGAAUGGAAUCCACUGAAACGGAAGUGCUGAUAUUCGGGAGUAAGGAGUGAGGACUGGAAUUUAGGGCACCAAUCCUUCUCCGCCAACGGCUCCGACGCGAUAUUGGCACGAUACAGUUCGUGAUAUCAAGGCAGAAGUGCUGGCGGUGGAGAGAUACUGGUCAAAAAGGUUCUUACACCUUCUUUUGGUGAGCCUUUUGCUUUACAAAAGGUACGUACAACUUCUUUUAUGAAAAUACUACAAGGCAAAGUUUAUUGUAAGGCAACAGAGUCGAUUAAUUCAUCCAAAUUUUGCCAUCGCUCUGCCGGGUCAGCUCGACAAUCCGAGUCGAGUCUAAAUAUUGCUUUAUUAUUUAAUUGUAAGCUUUACAUCAGUAUUUACACAACUUUACAGUACUUGAACGUUAGUAUUAAGUAAAUGGGAUCAUGAUCUUUCCUAUAUUUUCACGCGUUAAUGGCAUUCUGUACGUGGUCAGGGGAAAGUUCUCAAUUCAGUUAUUUCUUAAACAACAAGAGAUUUUGAAUUGAAAAGCUUCAAGCCCCAUUGACUAUAUCAAAAACCACUGGCUUUUCACAAUGUACCAGCCUUUUUACUAUUUGUUAUCACUUUAUUAGAAGUAUGACAUUGUUUAGCAAAAAUAUAUGUGCGCAUUUCAGGCGCGGAUCUAGGAUAAAUACUGACCGAUUUCCUAAACGAGCGCCGAAAGCGCAAUAUUUUAGAAGGGUCCGGGGGGGUGGGAGGGGCUCCCCUAGGAAAUGUUUUGAGAUUUUUACUCCUGAAGUCCCCUUUCCUGGGUUUCCGAGUCAUUUAGACAGGAUAUUGGCCAAAUUUCAACGUCGAAUGUGUUCUUAUUAUUAAAAAUGUAUUAUUAUGACUGAAAUGUCACCGAUUUCCGUAAAACGGUGGAAACCGGUGUGGAUCCGCGCCUGCAUUCUUUCAUUGGACGUAACCGGCGUUGCAUGCAGUUAGAUAAAUCUUGAGUAUCACAUAGCAAACAAACUGAAGCUGAGUCUUAGAGAAAAAAAGAUCGCUUGUGUAUUGUGUGAAGCGCUACCAAUUAUGCAAUAGGUCAGACUAAAACUUGUACUUGACAUGAAGUACUGAGCCAAGCCGCUCUAAUACGGACACCGUAAGGACAGAGCAAAAUGUUAGAGAGGUGUCCCACGUAGUAUAGAGGUCAACACAGUGUCUCCACUGGCAAUUGUACCUUUUAUUUGUAAUUGUUACUGUAAGGCCUAGGCCAAACGUUGAACUUUACAUGAGAGGAACCAAACCUAGCCGAGUUAGUUUUGAAAAGUUCGACCUCUGACUCAGUUAAGUUCGGAUCGUCCAACACAUUGUUCUAUCCGUCUGAAGAUCGUCUCCAGGACAAAUGUCGAUCAUCACAUGCAACGAACUAACCUAAUGAACCCUAAGAAAUUAAAGACUUGUAUGAUAAUGUAUAUUUAGCCUCGUUCUGGAGAAAAUUUGUUACUGAUCUGAUUGAUUCGACGCGUCCCAAGUUCGACAUCCAACCCAACAGACGAUCGUAACUUAAUUUAGUUUUAGGUCGACCUCUUUGGUCACAUGUUAAAGUAUUUGAUCAUUAACAACUCCAGUUGAAGAUUGAGUGCAUGAACAAAACGUUGAUGUUUGCAUAACAAAACAAAUUGUUGUACUGAUGUUACGAUGUUAUGAGACAAUGAGACAAGCGAAGUCCAGGGGAAAGAAAAACUGCCAACGACAACAAACAUGUCGAUGAUCGAUGUCUUUUGUCGAGGGAUGGCUUUUUCUCAUUUUUAUCGUUUUGAAAAUUACUUCUUCUGAAAUGUGAAUUUUUUUGGACUAUUUAUCUGUUAUAGACAAUGGCAUCCAAGGGACCGGAGUGUACAAUCUGUUUUGAACGUUUCAAUGACGAAAACAAAUGUCCUCGGAUGCUGAGUUGUGGACACAGCUUCUGCUCGUGUUGCUUGGAAAGGUUACUCCGUGGUAACACCAUUGAUUGUCCCAAAUGCAGAAAUCCAGUUGUCGUUCCAUCUGGGGUCCAUGGUCUGUUAAAGAAUUUUGCAUUACUGGACAUCGUGAGCGAAACGGCUCAGAAACAACAUGCUGAAAAUACAGGUCAUGUUGGUUCUCACGAAUGUGAAGCUUGUGAUGAGAAACACCCUGCCAAUUUCUGUUGCCUUGACUGCCAAGAAAACAUGUGCAAAACUGCGGCACAGUUUCAUACUCGCAACAAGGCAAGUCGUGACCAUCGGGUUGUUUCCCUCGAGGAGCUGGAAGCAAACCCUCAGCUGGCUUCUGUAUCGGUUCUCUGUCCAGAACAUAACGAUCAAUUCCGCUUUUUUGACCUAGAUUGUGGUCGUGUUAUUUGUAGAGACUGUUACGCCCUUAAUCAUAGUGGGCACAAGUGUGUAGUAGCAGCUGAAGCUGCUUCAAAAUACCGACAGGAGAUGGAGGCACUUGUCACCAAAGCGAGCUCUCAAGUCGAAAAGAUUAAAGUUGCCGAAGCUCAAGUGAUGGGAGAAGUUCUUUUAAUGGAGAAAGCUCGCGAGGAACAGCGUGAUAAAAUGCAAAGCUUUUUUAGAGAGGUAUGGCAUAUCUUUGUUAUUGGGGUGAAUGAAAUUGAUGCAGCAAGAAGUAUUCCUUACCACCUACGAGUUACGAUCCGCAUUUGCUAUUCCGAUUAACGAUUUUUGCUAACAAUUAGAUAAAGAAACAAAAUAAUCUCAACGUGGAAUGUAGAAACCAGUUAUUUGUUAAUAUUUAUCCUGAACUAACACCAAUGAACUAGAUAUUUAAGGGUAGGCCCUUCCCGGAUCAUGAUUAUUGAACGAAUUCACCGAACUCACCUCGUAGCUAGACUCCCACACGGGACGUAAGACCUAAGAACGUCUGCGUUAAAGGCUUCUUUGUAGCCUGAGUGCAAACGUCUCCAAUUUCCUUUGCACGAAGACUUCGGGGCGCACCUAUCAACCGUUUUUUAUCUGGAUUCUUUGUGUGUAAUAGAUCCGCGGAUAUUACAGAGGGUGUGUUUUCUUUUGUACAUUUAUAGCUCUAUUCCGCACUAUCUAACCGAGAGCAAUUUUUGAUGGAUAAGUUGUCCAGUAUACAUCAACAGAAGGUAUCCAUCCUAACGAGGCAGCUAGAGCAGUUGCGAGUAAACCAAAAAUUUUUAGAGGAUGCACUCCAACAAGCAAAGUCCUCCAUCCAAUCUCCGAGCGAUGUUCAGUUCCUUCUCAGCAGGCCGGAUAUAGUCUCCACGCUCGAGACUGAAGAAAGCUACUCAAUGGUGCUUGAGCCAGAGGCACAGUUUUUGCCGGAGUUCACCAAGAGCGAAGAGGAAAGAAUGGUGAGAAUUCAAAUUUUGAUUUUAGUUAUCCGUGAAUUAGCCUGGGACCCAGACUAACGGUUUUCUUCGAGCGCCAUUCUUUUCUCCGGGAUGAAUAUUCUAGCAGAUAUUCUUAAUUACAUCAGCAGUUGUCAUCUACUCUUGUCCCGGACGUUUUUCUGAAAAGUUUCUCUGCGUAAAAGAGAACGAGCUGUGCAAAGUGGCGAUCUGGGAACAGGGUAGUUUUCAUUUGUCGAGUAGUGUAUAUUCAUUUCCGUGUGAAAUUUUCCACCAUUAUUCUCCAGCUUUAUCAAUAGAGCCUUAGCUGAGCUAACAAAACCUCUUUCCCAGGGCGUCACGGUUGUCUACCUUUUUUGCAGUUAUCCUGCACCAUAAAUAACGCCUUUUUUGCGAUAUCGCAAACGUCAUCCAAAUUUGGUCAACGCUUACUAGUUUUGAAGAAUUUGCCGAGGAUUUAAGCCAAUCAGAAACGGGGAAAUAUUUAUCUCUUUUUACAAUGUGGUGGAUGCGACACCCGUUGCAUGUGUCGCAGUCACUCCAUAAUCCACACCGCCUGUAUAGAGUGUAUAGACUAUGUGGGAAACUGGGACUCAGUAUCACGUGUUUUCGUUUUGGGAAAAUCCCAACCCCUACGAGCUUUUCCCUUGCUCGAAGAUUGUGAGUUUUUUCUGAUGUUGUCUCUGAGUGGUAGUUCUGAGAAGCUGCAUUGCUAGUCGAGUAGUAUAUUUAUUAAGUUAUUAAGUUAUCCCGUCUUAUUAAGUUAUUUAAUACUUUAGGUUAGCCUCUCUUCGUAGUCGUUAUGUACUUGCCUUGUUUUAUGUUAGUUUAUUCUAUUUACUCUAGUAGUGUCUUCACUGUUAUUUAGUCCAUCUAUAUAUAAACCUUGUACUUGUAAUAUGUCUUCAGCUCCCCCCGCCUCGAUUAGUUUAUAAGCCAUUUGCGGGUGGGAAAGUAAUGUAAUUAGUUAUAUUUCCAAUUUUCAAUAAAAUUUGUUGUUUUCGUUGUUUUGUUUAGUCUGAAUGAUGAUCUUGAAGAUCACGUGAACAAAGUCUAAAUUGUGUCCGUUUUAUUCAGACUAUACCAAUUGUAUGGGCCAGCUUUGCGCACAGUCGUAGCCCAUGAUCGAUUACAGAGUACAGAUACACCAAAAUUCAUUUCUCAGUUCACAAAUAUAUUUCUCUACGAACUCAUCCAUAAGUUACUUAAAAUAUGGUUGUCGCAAACUGCUAAGAAAAGGAAUAUCGAGUGAAAGAUGACUAAGCGUGUCAAGUAAAUCGCUUUUCUAGUAAACGAGCUUUUCAAAAUUUACUUUGUAAAGAAUGUAAAAUGCAACGAUCUCUUUCAGCCUGUCAAGUACCGUUCCAACAAGAGUAUUGAGGAAGCUAUCCAGAGCGCAGGAGACAUCAGUGACAUAUCAACCUGUGCAGCAAACACUACUGCAACUGGCCCGGGAAUAAGAACUGCAAACCCUGGAAGAAAGGCGACAUUCACUAUUACUUCUCACGACAGCCGAAACUUUCAACGCAAGCGUGGUGGCGACGUUUUUGAGGUGAAACUGAAACCAGAGGUGGGAGAAGAUGAAAUAAAGGUACAAUUGAACGACCGAAAGAAUGGAACUUACUUGGCAGAAUAUACUGUCGACAAGUUGUGUGGCAAAUUGACAUUGUCGGUAUUCUUGCGAGGUGCACACAUCAAAAACAGUCCUUUUUCUGUUGUAGUUGAACCUCUAAAUCUUAUUCAAUUGUCUCGACCGUCUGGAGGGGAUGCAUGGAAAUAUCGUAACUUUUGGGCUGUAAAUCCGAACGAAAAGAUAAGAUAG